AUGCUAAUCGCGCUGGGGUGGUUUUUGCACAGUGGCUUGUACAACGGACUGCUUGAAUGCACCGGAAGGACGAGUCCGUUCAACGAGAAAGAAUUCUUGACCUGGAUCAUCCUCAAAGGUCUCAUGCUGCGAAGCUCGUCUUCCAUUUUAAAUGUGUUAAGUCGAACUUCUAACUCGAGUAUGGAGUCGUGUUAUGACAGCGAAUAUGGAAUUGUUUCGGUUUGUACUCGUGAACUUAGGGGCGAGGAACCGCACGAGCUCAAUGAUGCGGAUCGCUGCGUAUCCGUCAAUGACGGCAACGACGCUGAUUGGUUGAGUGAUGCGCCGUUCGUUGCUGCUGACCCCGGUCUGACAUCAGAGUUACUCGGGGCGAAAAACGCAUCAUCUGCAGACGUUGCUGCGAUCAAAGACAACUGGCCCUCGGCAUCGGAGGCAGCAGCAACAGCCAGUACGUAUGACGAUGAACAAAGCCGGUUUACCAGUCGACAACCGGUCAGCGACAGAUUUUCAGGACCGUUGUCCCGAUUCCCUCUGCACUAUUGCAGCAGUUCCGCGUCUUGUUCUGUCUUACCGUUCGUUGAGGAACGUCAAGAGACACAUCCGGUUCUUCGGCCGACCUGCAUCUCCCCCUGGAGCACGGACGACGAUCAACGCGAGCCACUGACUGAUCUGAUCUGA